UUACUUAAUAAAAUUUAAAGAGACUGAAACAGGGCAUACUUAAAUAUUACAAUAUGAUUCUCUUUGAAUUUAAGUUGAUAAGUUUACUAUUUUUAAUAAUAGCCUCAACAAAUGGAUUUGAGGAAUAUAAGGGGUACAAAAUCUAUGAAAUUAUUCCUUCAUCUGUAACUCAGUCUAAUAUCUUGUACAAAAUAUCUUUAAAAAAUGAAGAAAUUGAUAUGUUAACAUUGACAAAAUUGCCUAAUGUGCCAGCAAGAGCGUUAGUUCCACCAAAACAUCAACAAAAAUUCGAAAAUGAUCUUAUUUCAAAUGGUAUUACAUUUAGGCUUAUUAAUUCUAAUGUAUCCAAUUCAAUUUUUUACAAUAAUUUUCAUAAUUUCUUUAAACGUGCUACAAGACAACAUAUACUGGAGGAUUACUAUCGUUAUAAUGAAAUUAAUUCAUUUUUAAAAGACUUAGCAGAAAGAUUCCCAGAAAGAGUAUCUGUAAAAAAAGUUGGAGAUUCAUAUGAAGGUCGAGCAAUAAACGCAAUAACAAUUACUAAUGGAAAAAAUUCUUUAACUAGUAAAAAUGUAAUAUUUAUUGAUGCUGGAAUUCAUGCAAGAGAAUGGAUUGCACCAUCUACGGCUUUAUAUAUAAUAUAUCAGUUAGUUGAGAAAUUUGAUGAAAAUAAACAUUUACUUGAAAAUUAUGAUUGGAUUGUCAUACCGUUAGUAAAUGUUGAUGGAUAUGAGUAUACACAUAAAUCACAAAGAUUUUGGAGAAAAACACGUAAACCUAGUUCAGCUAUUUGUUAUGGUACUGAUGGAAAUAGGAAUUUUGAUUUUCAUUGGGGAGAACAAGGUGCAUCAUCUUUACCAUGCCAAGAAACUUUUAAAGGAGAAAAGGCUUUUUCAGAGCCAGAAACACAAAUAGUACGUGAUAUUCUAUUGUCAUUAACUGGUCGUGGAAAAAUGUAUCUUACAUUACACUCUUAUGGCAAUUUGUUGUUAUACCCAUGGGGCUACACUUCAGCAUUACCGGAAAAUUGGAAAGAUUUGGAUGAAGUUUGUAAGGCUGGAUCAAAUGCUAUUAAAUUAUCUACUGGAACCAAUUAUAGAGUUGGUAGUUCAACAAAUGUUCUUUAUGCUGCUGCAGGUGGUAGCGAUGAUUAUGCUUUAGGUGUAGCAAAAAUUCCAAUCGCUGUUACUAUGGAAUUACCAUCCGGUGGAUCUGGCUUUGAUCCGAAACCAUCACAGAUUAGAAAAAUGGUAACAGAAGCUUGGAUUGGUAUAAAAGCAAUGGCAGAGAAAGUAAUAGAAAAAUAUUAAAAAAAAAUUAUAUUUGAAUUUAUUCCACAAAGGGAUUUUUUAUAUCUGAUUUAAAAUGUUUGUCUCUAGCUUUCUCCUUUUACGUUAUAUUUACAUUUGUAAAAAAAAAUAAAGCAGAGUAGAUAAAGAAUA